GGAAACAAAACGAAAUAAAAACCCCACACAUGCUGGUCAUGAUUAUCAAAACCUGUGUUAGAGAGACUCGCUGGCCUGUGGGGAGCUACAGGUGGGAAUUCCCAGGAGGGAAUUGUUAAGGUAUAAAAGGGAAGCGUGAGCGAGACCUUGCCAAAGACUCCCUGGGCUGGAAGGAAACCUAGACUCCGGUGGGGGCGCACACCUUCAGGAUGUCUUCCACUCUCUUCCGGUGCCAGCGCUGCAACCAGCCCCUGAAGCUCCGUGCAAUGCAGGAAGGGCCCUUGGAAGCCCAGCAGCAUGCCAACCCCUCCCCAAGGGCCAGGACCUCCAGCAGCCCCGUUCCUGACUGGGGCAAGUCGUCCCAGGAAAGUGCCUGCUCUACCUUCUCUUUGCUUGAUGAGUUGACUACCCAGAGAACUUUUGCAAAGCAGGAAGGGCCCUUGGAAGCCCAGCAGCAUGCCAGCCCCUCCCCAAGGGCCAGGACCUCCAGCAGCCCCGUUCCUGACUGGGGCAAGUCGUCCCAGGAAAGUGCCUGCUCUACCUUCUCUCUGCUUGGUGAGUUGACUGCCCAGAGAACUUUGAACACUAUCCAAAAUGUUGUCUUAGAGAUCUCUGAAAACCUCUCCGGCCAAAAAGAUGUGGACCACCCGCUCUGUGUGGACUGUAUGAACAAUCUUGUGAGGGAACUAGAUGCCCAGCUCACUCUAGUUGAAGCUGACACAGAGAAGUACAGACGUUUCGUGGAGAGAGAAUCGCUGGUGAGUGAGGAGGAGAGGGAGGCCAUGAAUGCGGAGCUCUUGCCUGAGCUGCGGAGUCUGGAGCAGGAAGAAGCAAGGCUGGCUCAGGAGCAGAAGGACAUAGACGGCCAGAAUGCAAGAAUAGAGGCCGAACUCAGAGAAGCCAUGUCAGAGAGCUGGAAGCUCGAACAACAGGAGGAGGAGGAUUUGAAGGAGUACGCUGCCUUGACAAAGAAACGGCUGGAGCUGAUAGACAAGCUGAGCAGUGUGGAGAACCGAUUGGCCGAUGCCCAGAAGCAGCUGUCGCGCCUGAGAAAGACCGAUAUCUUCAAUAUGACGUUUACCAUCUUGGAUGAGGGGCCGCUGGGCAUUAUCAACAACUUCAGGCUGGGCCGCCUCCCUGGCAUCCAGGUGGAAUGGGGUGAGAUUAACACCGCCUGGGGACAGACAGCCUUGCUGCUCUUCAGCUUGUCCAAGCUAGCUGAACUGCAAUUCCAGAGGUACCAACUAGUGCCCUGCGGGGACCAUUCCUACCUUAAGUCCUUGGCUGGUGAUGGGAUGCUGCCGCUGUUCUCAGAUGGGAGCCACAGAGUCUUCCACAAUAACGAGUUUGAUUGUGGGAUGAAGGCCUUCCUGGACUGCCUGCAGCAGUUUAUGGAGGAGGCUGAGAAGAAAGGCCUCUUCCUGCCCUAUAGGAUCCACGUGAAGAGAGGGGUGCUGGAGGAUACCAAGGGCAGUGGCGAGUGCUGCUCCAUCAGUACCCACCUGAACUCAGAGGAGGAGUGGGCAAAGGCUCUUAAAUUCAUGCUUACCAACUUAAAGUUGAUUCUUGCUUGGGCUUCGUCAAGGUACUGUUCUAAGAUAGAACCAGUCUGGAGCCAUUUUAAAUAAAACUUCCAUUUUGAAUAGGGGUCAAAUAAAGUUUAAGUUCCCAAGACCUCCGUGGGUAAAUGACAUCCUGCUUGGCAGAGAGAGACAUGCAUGUGGGUAAGUGAUAUCCUGGCUUCUAGUUAAGACUCUGGAAUGAGUGUGGGGCAAGCCACCUGGCACACUGGAGUAAGUCAACCAAUGACAACAAGAUAUGUGGACCACAUAGAUAAAUGUUCCUAGGAAUGUCCCCUUCCCCGAAUCCUGAUGGGUAGAAAAAUGCAACCGUAACUUGGUACAGAUGUUGUGAUUUUCAGGAAUAAAAGCGUUGUGAUGUUCUGGCUUAAGGCUCAGCUCCCGAGUUUGUUCUGCAACUCUAGUCAAUCAGUAGCAAAAACCAUUUUUUUUGUUUUCUGCAUUGGCUUGGUGUGCGAGUUGUGUUGGCUCCAAGUGGACUUUAUAGUGCUAUGACAAUGAACUCAUCUUCAAAAAUACUAGGGAAAUAAGGUGGCACAACUCAGGAAUGUAAUGCGUUUGUGAUCCAAAGAUCGUUUUGUCUUUCUUAAGAGAAGUUCUUCGUAGCUCAGGUGGACCUCGACACUCCUCCUGCUUAGUCCUGAAUGCUGGGAUUACAUGAACCCACCAGGAAUGAGUUUUAAAAUAGUGCCUCAGAGGCCCUUGGUUGAUCCCUAGUACCCAUUAUGUGUUAUUUGCUGAGAGUGACCCAAAUGUCACUGCUGCACUGUGGUCAUUUUUCCUUGUAUCUUUUUCUCUGGUUCCUCUUCACCCAGGCAUUCAAAAUGAUAGGGGCAAAAAACCCCAAAGACAUAAGAUCACUCUUGCAUUAAAAAAAUGAUAGAGAUGAGGAGGGAAUUGGCCAGAGAUGAGUGGAGUCGGGGUAGCGAGGAGAAAAGCUGGUUGGAACUUUCUGAGAAAACUGUGUGGUGGCUCUACUGUGUGGAAUGGCCCUUUGGAGGGCAGCAGUCAUGAGGUCAGAUGUCAGGGAGUGCGAAGGUUCGAGUUUUGUAAUGCAUGAGCCUCGCUUUUCAUCUCUUAUGUUUACAUUUUCUGAAAUGAAAAGGAAACCUGUGUCAGAAAGCAUGAGAACAUAUAUGCCAUUGGUUUUGCAGAGGGGGAGAGACAGUAACCUAGAGAAAGGAAGACAUUCUCAGAGUCAGAAGGAACAUAGCCCAUCCGUGCCUUGACUUUUGUGUAGGGACCCAUGUUGGAACUUGUACUAGUUUAAAGCGCUAAGGUCAUGAGAGUUUGUUACAGCACUAAUAGGAAACUAAUAUAUAUUAUUUAGAAUGCCAAUUUCUUAUCCAAUUAAACUUAUUUGAUUUGCCUUUUUUGUUCUUAACCUCACUAUGUUAAGGUCAUGAGUUUGUUACAGCACUAAUAUGAAACUAAUAUGUAUUUAGAAUGACAGUUUCUUAUCCAAUUAAAAAUUUACUUGAUUUGCCUUUUUGGUUGUUUUUAAUCUCACUAUGUUACUCUGGCCUUAAGUUUGUGAUCCUCUUGCCUCAACCUCUCCAAGUGCUGUACCACAGGCAUGUGCCACCAUGCCCAGCUAAAACACCCUGUUUUUAAGUAGCCCCAAUAUGUCCGUGAAA